CCAGCUUCUAGAAUGCCAUUCAAACAGAAAGAUAUAAACGGUACAAUGUCCUACCAUGAGACAGGAUGGCUCUUAACCCUGUCAUAACGACUGAUUCAGGACAACCUCUGUUUGAAACAACGUUAAAUUCCAAAGAGUUCCAAACUAACGCUUGUAUCACUGUCGCUAUGGAUGGCGGCCACAUCAAGAGUUGUGUCCCCAUGUACUCCCUGAAGGAUGUGGCGCAUCACUGUGACCUGGAGUCUUGCUGGAUAGUCGUAUCUGAUCUGGUAUAUGACGUUACCAAUUUUAUAAGAGAGCAUCCCGGCGGAGAAGACAUCAUUCUUGAACACGCAGGGACAGACGCUACAGUGGCCUUCGUGGACAAGGGUCACUCAAGGGACGCGUAUGAGAUGCUCCGAGAUUACCUUGUCGGUCAGCUAGUAAAGGAGGACCGACGCCCCCCGAUACGACUUGCCGGAACCUUCUAGUACCAACGCCAUGUAUAAACUGAAACAUACUACAGAUCUCGGAUACUCGGAAUUCUUUUCUGAUGUGGAAAUCACAUAUAGUUGACAUUAAUAGUUCUGCCACAAUGGUGACUAUGACAAUGAUCUCGUGAUGCGCACAUAAAGAUGUGGAAAGUUGCAGCACUCCGGGCUGCUGCAGGACGAACCUGUGGUUCCACAAAAUACAGGGUACGUUCAGGAACUGGUUCUUUUGGCAGAACUAUCGCUAACAGAUGUGGCUUAUACAUGACAUAAUUAUCCAUAAUUGUGGUGAAGGAUUAGGCAGCUGGUUGAUCCUGAUUUCACAGUGUGCGAGUUUGCAUGUUCUGAGAUUGAGCGCUGUGUUUAAUGCCAUGUGUAUAUUGAAACUCUGUCUCUAUUUAUGAGUGAAUGGGUGAGUGAAUGAGGUUUAAACCCCCUUAACACAGUAUUCCAGUCAUAUCACUACGGCGUGUCGGUUUCAUGAACGAAGAAAGCCGGAGCCGUACACGUCUAAACACCAUAUCAGAGCGAAUGUUGUGAUUCGAAUCCAGGAUACGGGUUUCGGUAGGCUUUAGGACUUAAAUAUUCCGCGUUUAUGCGAAUGGACCACAAGCGCUCCCUUCCUUUUCAUGUGACUAAUCUCUAGUUACCGGAGAGGGAUACAUCACUAAAGGUAACGCGGUAUAUUUGGUCCUUCCAGGGUUAACUCGUGAUGAGUACCCUGAUAGAAAUGAACACAUGUAUUUCCCGGACAAGGUGUGUCCGAGUCCGAUUCCUAACAGGAGAGAAGUAAAUGUUGUUUUGUUGACCUAGUCAACUGGGAAAGCGUCAUUUCUUUCAUCGUUUUGUUCUCAAUUGUGAAUUUCGGAAUCAACUGACCUUGUCGGCACUUUCAUACAAGUUACGUACUUAUCCCGGUGAAAAUUAUUAUUGCUGACUGUAGACAGGAUGUUUGACAAGUGUUAUCCGUGCGCUGUUACCAUGGGCACAAGCAUUCGGAACCAGAUGACAGGUUGUGUAAGUGAAUGGGUCACAGAGAAGGGUCACCACAACCCCACACCUGGAACGCCCUACAUAUUGUCUAUGAUUGCAUGAACAGCCAACGAAUAACUGUAAAAAAUGUCAGCUAUGAACAAUUCUUAAAUGCCUUUUGAAAUACUUCUGGUCUUCCAUACAAGUUUUUAAAUAAGUUAAAAAUUAAAUGAUAAUUAAGUUAUAAAGGACAGUGAUACACGUGAUACUUGAGUUCACGUCUGCCAACGAGUUGUGCUUAACCCGUGAAAUAGGUUAACAGUAACUCAACAGUAUUUACUGGGAGUCAGCACGGCAAGGAAUUUCAAAAGAAGAAUGUUCUCGUGCUAUUUGUGCUCUCAAUGUCUGUAGAUGUUUUAGGUUUGAUGUUACUGGCCAGGAUUCACUUGACUGUAGUAAAUGUGCGAGGAUUGUUUGAGUCGUGUAACUGAGAUUCCCUGGUCGCCUGUGACCGGUCUCACCCAGGGGCAUGGAAGGUGUGUCACAACUAACAGGACGAGUGUAGGUAGGUGCAGAUGUUGAGUCUCACGUGUUAUCACUGACCUGGUUGUAGGCCCAGUCAGGGCUGACCUAUUUACUUACCAUGACGUACACAGACGAGUUAGAGUGGAGGUGACACAGGUUACAUACCUCCAUGUUGUUUGUUCCCUGCUGUCUAUACACAGCCUUGUUGAUAGUACACCUGUUUUUGCAAUGGUUUCGAUCGUUAUACAUGUGUGCAUAUAUAGUAUAUACCUGUUCAUUAUGAAUUAUUUUUCUAAAUAAAAAGGAAACUGUGUGAA